AUGUCCGAAAGACUCACCUUGCCGGUCUCCCCAACGCGCGAAUUCUGGAUGCAUGUUAUUGAGUCCAAGAUCAAUGCCACUAUUCGAAACGAAGGAGAAAUUAUUGGCUGGGAGGAUGAUAACGAGACUGUCGGCCCAGUUGCUUUGGUAGCCAAGGCGAGCCUUUACGAGUCCUCCCUCAUAUCAUUAAUUCCACUGGAGCACGAUGACCAAAGUCUCUACAGACUUGUUCUUGAACACGGCGACUUUGGCAUUCAUAACACUACGAUAAAUUAUGUGGCGAACGAAAAACCUAUUGUCAAAUCAUUAUACCACUGGGAAAGUGGAUGCACCGUUCCAGCAAUUUUAUCGGAUCUUUUAGUAGCUGUCGUUCCGGUCAAUUUGACCACCGACGACAAGGGUGGGCCAUCCGUGACCCGAUUACCCCAAGAUUAUACUCAGUCGGAUCUGAAAACAUAUGCAGUAUAG